AUGAAUAUCUACCUGUGUGCAUUAGCACUAUCUGAUAUGAUCAUUAUAAUAACUGCAUUUUUCUUAUUUUUCAUUGAAAAUUUACGCACUAAAUCAUUAUUACUUUCCAAAAUCUUCGCUUCAUUAGUGCCAGUGACAUUUCCGCUCGGCCUUACCGCUCAGUCACUUUCAGUAUUUUUGACGGUUACAGCAGCUGUUGAUUGCUAUAUUUUAGUGCACUGUGAUACAAAAUGUAUUGAACGCUUUUGUUGUACGUCAAGUUCACUUAAGAUACUUGUGGUAAUAAUCGCUCUAGCAAUGCUUUACAACACUCCUCACAUGCUGGAAAUAAGCGUUGUGUCUUGUUGGAAUGUAAUUUAUAAUGAAGAAAGUAUUGACGUAUGUCCAAGUGCUCUGAGGAAAAGUCCGUUCUAUUUAACUAUUUACUAUGUUUGGAUGUACACAGCAAUAAUGGCAGUGGGGCCAGUCUUAAUUUUGAUCGUACUUAAUUCUAUGAUAAUUUUUGCUCUAAGAAAAACUAACGAUGUUUCUGGUGACUCGGAUAUCAUAACACUAGUACUAGUCGUUUGUCUUUUCAUCACCUGUAACGUUUUGCCUUUAGCGGUAAACUUUGUGGAAUUAAUAUUUGGAUAUAUGAAUUCAUACUUGAUUGAUUUAUCAAAUCUGAUGGUUGUACUUAACUCAUCAUGCAAUUUUUUCAUCUACUAUGCAUUUGGAAGCCGAUUCCGAAAAACACUGAAAGAGUAUUUCGAUAUAAUCUUUCAUCGAAGAUCAAUUACAAAGCAGACAAUUCAGAUUGAUAUCAAGAAAAGUGUACAGCUAGAAUUACUGAUAUAG